UAUAUAUACAUAUAUAUAUAUAUAUUUAUAUAUAUAUAUAUAUAUAUAUUUACCAUAUAAAUCAUUAUUAUUAUAUAUAAUAUAAAUUACCACCAAGGAUGACUAAAGAUCGUCUUGCGGCGCUAAAAGCGGCAGUCAGCGAUGAUGAUGAGGCUGAAGAAGUGGCUGUCCAAGUUGAGAGUGGAGGUGGGUUCAUGGAAGAAUUUUUCGAACAGGUUGAAGAGAUUCGGCGAAUGAUCGACAAAAUAUCUGACAAUGUGGAGGCAGUUAAGAAAAAACAUAGUGAUAUACUAUCAGCCCCACAGACUGAUGACCAAAUGAAAGAAGAGCUGGAAGAAUUGAUGACAGACAUCAAGAGGACAGCUAACAAAGUUCGAGGAAAAUUAAAGGCUAUUGAACAAAACAUUGAACAAGAAGAACAUUCUAAUAAGUCAUCAGCCGAUCUCAGGAUACGAAAAACACAGUAUUCUACAAUAUCACGUAAAUUUGUUGAAGUCAUGAAUGAUUACAACACAACACAGAUAGACUACAGGGACCGGUGUAAAGCACGCAUAAAGAGGCAAAUGGAGAUAACUGGCCGUACUACAACUAAUGAAGAACUAGAAGACAUGUUAGAAUCUGGGAAUCCAGCCAUUUUCACACAAGGGAUAAUAAUGGAGACCCAACAAGCUAGGCAGACAUUAGCAGAUAUUGAGGCCCGACAUGAGGAUAUUAUCAAAUUAGAAAAUAGUAUAAGGGAACUACAUGACAUGUUUAUGGACAUGGCUAUGUUAGUAGAGAGCCAGGGUGAAAUGAUUGAUCGAAUAGAAUAUAAUGUUGAAGCAGCAGUUGACUAUAUAGAAACAGCAAAAAUGGAUACAAGGAAAGCUGUGAAAUACCAAAGUAAAGCCAGACAGAAAAAAAUCAUCAUUAUCGUCGUCGUUAUUCUGUUACUAGGUCUUUUGAUUGGUCUGGCCUUUGGUCUUAGCUAGUCUGCCUUUGUGUCCUCAUCUAUCACGUCUAUCUGCGCUCCUCUACACGCUUCAAUGAGGAUUGCACCCGUUAUCUGCACUGAAUAUUCCUACGUCUGUCCGACAACCCAGUAGCUUGCUGUCAGGCAGGCAACCUACUUGGUUACAUGGUUACUUCCAAAACAAUGCUAUGUUUUGUUUUGUUUUUUUGUUAUGUUUUAACUGUUAUGUUUGACCAUCUCUGUCUGUCUGUCUGUGUCUCUUCUGAUGUCCCUCUGUCUGUUUGUCCCUGUGUCAAUCUGUUUACUAUCCAAUCAUUUUGUGUGACUCUACCUUUGAUUGUUUUGCUGUGUGAGUGGAUUGGUAGAAUUGAAAUAAUACCUUGUGGUGUCUGUUGUGGCUCUUUAUGUUCUGAGUUCAAAUCAGCUGAGGGUCAACUUUACUUUUUAUCCUUCCAGGGAUGAUAAAAUAAAGUACUAAUCAGGUACUGGGCUCAUAUAAUUGACUGUUCCUUACCCUUUAUAAGAAAAUAUUAUUAUUAUUAUUAUUGUUGUUAUUAUUAUUAUUAUUAUUAUUAUGGCUGAAGGCGGCGAGCUGGCAGAAUCGUUAGCAUACUGGGUAAAAUGCUUAGCAGUAUUUCGUCUGCUGCUACGUUCUGAGUUCAAAUUCUGCCAACGUCAACUUUGCCUUUCAUCCUUUCAAGGUCAAUAAAUUAAGUACCAGUUGAGUACUGGGGUUGAUGUAAUUGACUAGUCCCCUGCCCCCAAAUACCAGGCCUUGUGCCGAUAGUAGAAAGGAUUAUUAAGGCAGUGAGCUGGCAGAAUCGUUAGCAUGCUAAGCAAAGGGCUCAGUGGCAUUUUGUCUGGCUUUAUGUUCUGAGUUCAAAUUCUGCAAAGAUCAACUCUGCCUUUCAUCCUUUUGGGGGUCGAUAAAAUAAGUACCAGUUGAAUACUGGAGUCAAUGUUAUCACCUAGUUACCCUCCCCCCAAAACUUCAGCCUUGUGCUUAUAGUAGAAAAGAUUAUUAUUGUUAUAUUUAAAGUUCAAUUUCUGCCAAGGUCGACUUUGCCUUUCAUCCUUUCAGAGUCGAUGAAAUAAGUACCAGUGAAGUAA